UAGUCCUGACUUUAAACCGUUUACAGUCCUGACACGGCAUUAGGAGCUUUAGGAUAUGGCUACAUGUGGUUCAAGGAGAUUUCAUUCUCUGAUGUCAUUUGCAUAACAAAGCGGAACAUGGAAAAUGCGGUGUGGAACUUGACAAAGCAUUUGGAUACUGUUUCAGAAGCUAUUUCUAAUGCUAAGAAGCACCUGUGUCACCGGCUCGGCUUCAGAAGGUGGACGAUAAGCUGGACUUGCAGAAAGAUCUCUUAAAGACAGUUCAUGAUAAAUGUGGGUUUGGCUCUUGCUAACAUUGGAGAUGAUUUUGACGCAUUGCAUGUUUGGUAAAUAGCAUUGAGUACACCAAGCAGGUAAGGUACUUAUUUAUUUCCGCUAUUGUUUAAGAAGUUAGGCCUCCAACUUUUCCCCUUCACCAAAGAGAAAAAGGUAAAUAUAUAUUUUUUCCUAUGAGAAAAAAAAAAGCUAUUUUCCUAAUCUAAUUCGAGUUUCACUAUAAAACCUCUCUGUUCCCAUUAGGGUUUCUUUCUCUCCGUUUAAAAUUUGUGUAUUUCUCUCUGUUUGAUUUGAUUCUAGGUUUUUGGAUUUUUUGAUGGCAAACUUGGGAGGCUUCAAGCAGUAUGAGGACAAAGCCAAUUCUAGUCAUCCUCGCGAUACACAUGAUCCUACAGGAGAACCAGAAACUCUGUGGGGAAUAAUUGAUCCGAGGUCUUUUGGUGACCGUGUUGAUAAGGGAAAGCCUCAGGAGUUGGAGGAUAAACUUAAAAUGUAUAAGAAGAAGAAGGAGCGUGAUGUUGUAGAUGAUACUGUUAAUCUUCGGCAGAGUAAGAGGCGACGUCUUAGGGAAGAGAGUGUGCUCACUGAUGAUAUGGAUGCUGCGGUUUAUCAGCCCAAGAGUAAUGAGACUAGGGCUGCUUAUGAGGCUAUGCUUUGUCUUAUUCAGCAUCUGUUGGGUGGGCAACCUUUGAGUAUUGUUACUGGUGCUGCAGAUGAGAUUUUGGCUGUUCUCAAGAGUGAAAAACCUGAGAAAAAGAUGGAGAUCCACAAGUUGUUGAACUAUAUUGAAGAUCGUGAGUUUGAUCAGCUUGUUUCCUUUGGGAAGUUGAUCACCGACUUUCAAGAGGCUGGUGAUUCUUCUGGUGGUGGUGAGGAUGAUGAGGAUAAUUUCGGCGUCGCUGUUGAAUUUGAGGACAAUGAAGAGGAGAGUGAUCAAGAAGACAUUGUUCAAGAGGAAGAUUGUGAGGAGGAUCAAGAGCUUUCCAGAACUGGAGGUAUGCAGGUUGGUGCAGGGAUUUAUGACAAGGAUGCAAAUGAGGGAUCAAAUCUUAAUGUUCAAGACAUUGAUGCAUACUGGCUCCAGAGAAGGAUAUCUCAAGCAUAUCAACAUAAGAUUGAUCCACAACAAUGCCAGGUACUCGCUGAUGACCUGCUUAGGGAUGUUGAGAACAAGCUGCUUCUGCACCUUGAAAAAUUUAGCACAACAAUGCACUUUGAAAAAUUUAGCCUCGUUCAUUUUCUGCUGCGGAACCGUCUUAAAGUUGUGUGGUGCACUCGUUUGGCUAGGGCACAAGAUCAGGAACAGAGGAACCGAAUCGAGGAGGAGAUGAGGGCUUUUGGCCCAGAGUUGACAUCAAUUGUGGAGCAGUUGCAGGCAACUAGAGCUACAGCAAAGGAGAGGGAGGAGAACCUUCAAAAAAGUAUCCAUGAAGAAGCUCGUCGUCUGAAGGAAGAAGCUGGUGGAGAUGUUGCUGACAGAGAUUUAGAGAGUGGCUGGGUGAAGGGCCAGCGUCAGUUGCUUGACCUGGAGAGCUUGGCUUUUGACCAAGGCGCUCACCUGAUGGCGAAUAAGAAGUGUGACCUUCCCCCUGGGUCUUACAGAAUUCAUGGCAAGGGAUAUGAUGAAGUUCAUGUCCCAUGGGUUUCUAAAAAGGUGGAUAGAAAUGAGAAGCUUGUAAAGAUUACCGAAAUGCCUGAUUGGGCCCAACCGGCUUUCAAGGGAAUGCAACAGUUGAACAGGGUUCAGAGCAAAGUGUACGAGACUGCACUUUUUAAGACAGAGAACAUUCUUCUUUGUGCUCCCACUGGUGCUGGGAAAACCAAUGUUGCUAUGCUGACCAUACUGCAGCAACUUGAAUUGAAUAGGAACGAAGAUGGAACUUAUAACCAUGGAGAUUACAAAAUUGUCUAUGUUGCACCCAUGAAAGCCCUUGUUGCUGAAGUUGUAGGUAAUUUGUCUAAUUGUCUGAAGGAUUAUGGAGUUACUAAAUGGGAUAUCAUCACUAGGAAGUCUAGAGAUCGAACUUAUACUCAGUUUGUGAGACUUCUCAUAAUCGAUGGAAUUCACCUCCUUCAUGAUAACCGAGGGCCUGUGCUUGAAAGCAUUGUCGCUAGGACUCUUAGGCAAAUUGAAACCACGAAAGAUAAUAUUCGUCUGGUGGGUUUAUCUGCUACACUGCCAAAUUAUGAAGACGUGGCCUUAUUUUUGCGGGUUGAUCUUAAGAAAGGAUUGUUUAAAUUUGACAGCAGCUACAGACCUGUGUCUCUCUAUCAGCAGUAUAUUGGAAUCAGUGUGAAGGAACCGUUGCAGAGGUUCCAAUUGAUGAAUGAUCUAUGUUAUCAGAAUGUACUGGCUUGUGCUGGAAAGCACCAGGUCCUUAUUUUUGUUCAUUCGAGAGAGGAAACAGCAAAAACUGCAAUAGCAUUAUGCGACACUGCAAUGGCGAACGAUACCCUGAGCAGAUUCUUGAAGGAAGAUAGUGAAAGUCGUGAAGUUCUUUUGAAUCACUUCGACUUUGUUAAGUAUUAUGACCUGAAAGGAAUUCUGCCUUACGGGUUUGCAAUUCAUCAUGCUGGGUUAACAAGAAGUGAUCGUGAGAUUGUUGAGGGUCUUUUUGCUAAAGGGCAUGUGCAAGUCUUGGUUUCCACAACAACUUUCGCUUGGGGUGUGAAUCUGCCUGCACAUACCGCUAUUAUAAAAGGAACCAAGGUGUAUAAUCCUGAAAAAGGGGCGUGGAUGGAGUUGAAUCCUCUAGAUGUUAUGCAGAUGCUUGGUCGUGCUGGAAGACCUAAGUAUGAUCAACAUGGGGAGGGUAUAAUUAUCACUGGCUAUACCGAGCGGCAAUAUUAUCUUUCUUUGAUGAAUGAGCAACUACCUAUUGAAAGCCAGUUUAUUUCUAGACUUGCUGAUCAGCUUAAUGCUGAAAUUGCUCAAUCACUGAUCAAUCACCAGAUGUUCUCUUUUGAAAACCCAAAAUGCACAGACCCUCCUGUGAAGGCAAACACGCUUCUUCAAGCGCAUUUCUCAAGGCAAAACAUCGACGGGAACUUGGCAAUGAAUCAAUGUGAUGUCCUUCUAUCUAAGACUGCAACCAGACUUCUUCACGCGAUGGUCGAUGUGAUAUCGAGCAAUGGCUGGCUGAAUCUUGCUCUGUUAGCUAUGGAAGUAAGUCAGAUGGUGACUCAAGGCAUGUGGGAGCGAGACUCUAUGCUUUUGCAGCUCCCUCACUUCACAAAGGUCUUGGCCAAGAGGUGCCAGGAGAAUCCGGGUAAAAACAUUGAAACCGUAGUCGAUCUUGUGGAGAUAGAAGACGAAGAACGCCAAGAGCUUCUGAAGAUGUCAGACGCUCAGCGUCUAGAUAUUGCCAGAUUCUGCAACCACUUCCCAAACAUCGACCUUACUUAUGAGGUUAUGGGAAGUGAAGAGGUGACCCCAGGGAAAGAGGUUACAUUGCAAGUGAUGCUUGAGAGAGACAUGGAGGGGAAGACAGAAGUGGGACCCGUGGAGUCACUCAGGUAUCCCAAGACCAAAGAAGAAGGAUGGUGGCUGGUUGUGGGCGACACCAAGACGAACCAGUUACUGGCAAUCAAGCGUGUCUCAUUGCAACGGAACGUGAAGGUGAAGCUGGCUUUCACAGUACCAAGUGAACUAGGAGAGAAGUCAUACACACUAUACUUUAUGUGUGACUCUUACUUGGGCUGUGACCAAGAGUAUUCUUUCUCGGUUGAUGUCAAAGGAUCUGGCGUUGGAGAUCACAUGGAAAAAUGAAUUGCUGAUUCUGGAGAGUGGUAACUUGUCUUCCAAAUAGUUUGUGAGUUUUGGUGUGAGUAUUCGUGUUUUGAGUUUAAUUUGACUAUCUGUUUCAAAUUUGGUUCAUGUCUCUUAGCUGUUUUCUUUAAUAUAUUUGGAUAAAGUUUGUGAAUGUUGGUGUUAGCGUUCGCGUUUAUGUGUGUUUGAGUUUUGGCUAUCUAUAUUCUGAUUCA